AUGCAAAAGGCUAAACAUCUUCUAUGGAGGAUAGUUAAAGGAUGUUUACCUACCCGUAUGAGAUUACAAGAAAGACGUGUUCCUUGUUCGCUAUUAUGUCCACUUUGUAAUCAACAUAAUGAAGACGAUUGGCAUGUGUUUUUCGGGUGUGCAACCAGUCAUCAAGCUCGGCAGGCAGCAGGACUAGAACAGAUCAUCACGCCAAGAUUGCAGCAGUUCUGCAGUGUAGCAGACAUGAUUUUUAGCAUCUGUUUGACAGAAAACAAAGAAACAGCAGGUACUUUCGCAAUGUUGGUAGGGAUACUUUGGAAUAAUAGGAAUAAUUGCGUUUGGAAUGAUAAUAAUGAACCGGGAACAAGCUUAGGAGUUAAGACUCGACACCUAUGGAAUGAGUGGUUCUCGGUUGCACAGGUACAGCAGAAUAGGAGUCAAAUUGCACAACAGCAGCAGGAUACACGUUGGCAAAAACCAGUCCAAGGAUGGUACAAGCGCAAUGUUGAUGCGGCUUUUCACAAAGAGCGAAACAGGUCCAGUUUUGGUUGGUGUCUUCGUGAUGAUGAGGGACGCUUUGUUAUGGCUGAAACAACGUGGUUGAAUGGGAACUGCUCCAUUAUAGAAGGAGAAUCCAUAGCCUUACUUGAAGCAUUGAAAGUAUUGGAACAAAGAGGCAUAUCUCAUGUUAUAUUUGAGACGGAUUCCAAAAGUGUGGUGGAUGCAAUUCAUAAUUUACGCAGCGGUAGCUCUGAGUUUAGUUCUAUUAUUUGCCUUAUUAAAAAUACUCUCUUAUGUAAUCCAAACUUUAAGGUCAAGUUUAUUAAGCGGCAAGCGAACAUGGUUGCUCACACACUUGCUAGGGCGGCCAUUUCUUGGUCUAGUCGUUGUACCUUUGAGUCGAUACCUACUUGUAUUCUUUCUUUAUUGAAUAAUGAAAUGAGAUAG